AUGACCAUAAAAGCAGCGCGUCAUGUCCCUCUUCCACCACCAGAGGGCACUGCUGUCUCUGGUCAUGUGACUGACUGCACCAAAAGCAUCGCUCUGUCCUCGUCUCCCGGCUCCAUCAGCAAGGACCUCCCAGAAACCGGUCUUUUCCAGGGCCUCUCUGUGGACCCCCAGAACCUGGACCUCUCUGUGGAACCCCAGGACCUCUCUUUGGACCACACCUGCCCCCAUGGCUUCUCUGUGGAACCACAGGACCAGGGCCUCCCUGUGGGCCCCCAAGACCAAGACCUCUCUGAGGGCCCCCAGAGCAGGUCGGAGCAAAGCCUGUCUGUUAUUGCCUCAGGCUCUGCCAUCAAUCUGUACAACUUUACUGUGGAACCAGCAGCAGGAGCCAAAAGCAAGGCACGACACAGCCAGGAGCCAGACAGGGGCCCGCAGUUCCCAGCAGAGCCGUGGUCCACAAACCUGUCCCAGAACCAGGCUCUGCAGCUGGGGUCACAGGCCACACACAUACCCUCUCAGGACGGAGCUGGAGAACACAUAAACUCACAUUUAGACGCCACCGGGGCAUCUGGGGCAUCUUGUCUUAGUCAACACCAUGAGGGAAGUGUUGGGGCAGAGUUGGAGGUUCAAUUCUUGCAGGAGGAAGUGGAAAACGCUCCCAAAAGCAGUGACAGAAACACAGGUCUGAACAGCCAGAUCCCUGUCGCCACUCAUCCAGAGAUCAGCCCAGACCAAGCCCAGAAUCAUGACUUUUCUCUGGGAAGCAAACGCACGGACGCCCUUCUGAGUCAUGGAGGUCCAGCCAGUCUUCGGCAAAUGUGCACCCAGAAGCAAGCCCCUCUGCCUGGAUGUGAAAGCGCAGACUCAGCCUCUUCCACAGGGACCUGGAUCCCCACGGGACAGUCCUACUCUAACCCCACCCCACACAGGUAA